AUGGACGUCAUUGCCUACCGCGAUAUUCAACCAGGCGAAGAAAUCACCGUCAGCUACGCCCCCCUCAACAUUCUCGCCGAAGACCGCGCCGACAUGAUCCUCAGCCACUGGAGCUUCCAGUGCAAAUGCCCCCUCUGCUCCAGCGAGUCGGAGAUCUACCUCUCCGACAUGCAGCGGCGCCAGCUCGACCGCAUCAUCGAGGAGCUCGACCUGCCCGAGGUGCGCACGCCGCAGCUGGUCGCCAACCUGGUGGAGGAGCUCGAGGAGAUCAUCGACGCCGAGGGGCUCGCGGCCCAGCGGGGCGACAUCUACGGCAUCGUCUCCAAGGUCUACAGCGAGAUGGGCGACCUGCGCGAGGCGCUCCGCUACGCCCAGGUCGGGUCUGGGUUGCAGGAGCAUUUCAAGGGGUGGGAUGACAGGAGGACGUGGAAUGCGAAGAGGUUUGUGGAGUAUCUGAAGAUGAAGAUUCGGAUGGAGGAGCAGGAGAAGAAGAACAAGAACAAGAAGAAUAAGAAGCAAUAG